AUGGCAAAUUCUGAGAGAUCUGAAGAGAUGCAAGAAAAUUAUCAGAGAAAUGGAGCCUUUCAAGAACAACUUCCUAAAUCAAGGAAGCAAGCUGUUGGCGCUAUCGAGAUAUUCCGCUUUGCUGAUGGCGUGGACAUCACUCUCAUGGCCCUGGGAAUCCUGGCGUCUUUGCUGAAUGGAGCCUGUCUUCCUUUACUGUCACUGAUUUUAGGAGAAAUGAGUGACUACCUUAUCAGUGGAUGUCUAGUCCAAUCCAACAUGACAAAUUAUCGAAACUGUACUAAAACGCAAGAGAAUCUGAAUGAAGAUAUGCUCAUGCUGACUCUGUAUUAUGUCUGCAUAGGAGUGACCGCCCUGGUAUUUGGCUAUCUACAGAUUUCCUUUUGGGUUAUAACUGCAGCACGCCAGACCAAGAGAAUUCGAGAACAGUUUUUCCACUCCAUUUUGGCUCAGGACAUCAGCUGGUUCGACAGCUGUGACAUCGGCGAACUCAACACUCGCAUGACCGAGGACAUCAACAAAAUCAGUGACGGUAUUGGAGACAAGAUUGCUCUAUUGUUUCAAAACAUGUCGACCUUUUCUAUUGGCCUGGCAGUUGGCUUGAUGAAGGGCUGGAAACUCACCCUGGUGACUCUGUCCACAUCACCUCUUAUAAUGGCUUCAGUGGCCGUGUGUUCUAGAAUGGUCAUCUCGUUGACCAGUGAGGAACUGAGCGCCUACGCCAAAGCUGGUGCUGUGGCAGAGGAAGUCUUGUCAUCUAUUCAAACAGUCAUCGCCUUUGGAGGCCAGGAGAAAGAAAUCCAAAGGUAUACAGAGAAUCUUGAAGAUGCAAAGGAUGUUGGUAUAAAAAAGGCUAUCGCUUCCAAACUCUCCCUUGGGGCCGUGUAUUUUUUUAUGAAUGGAACCUAUGGACUAGCUUUUUGGUAUGGCACCUCCUUGAUUCUUAGUGGAGAGCCGGGCUACACCAUCGGGACCGUGCUUGCUGUUUUCUUCAGUGUGGUCCACAGUAGUUACUGCGUUGGAGCCGCUGCCCCACACUUUGAAACCUUUAUAGCUGCCCGGGGAGCUGCCUUUAAUAUUUUUCAGGUUAUUGACAAAAUACCCAGUAUAGAUAACUUUUCAACAACUGGAUAUAAACCUGAAUGCAUAGAAGGGACUGUGGAAUUCAAUAAUGUCUCUUUUAGUUAUCCAUCAAGACCAUCCGUCAAGGUUCUGAAAGGUCUGAAUCUCAAGGUCAAGUCUGGAGAGACAGUGGCCUUGGUGGGCCCCAGUGGCAGUGGGAAGAGCACAGUGGCCCAGCUUCUGCAGAGGCUGUACGAUCCUGAUGAAGGCUUUAUCACAGUGGAUCAGAACGACAUCCGGGCCCUAAACGUGCGCCACUACCGGGAGCAAAUCGGAGUGGUGAGCCAGGAGCCCGUGCUGUUCGCGACGACCAUCAGGAAUAACAUUGAGUUUGGACGCGACGGGGUGACAGACGAGGAGAUCGAGAGGGCAGCCAAGGAGGCGAACGCGUACAACUUCAUCAUGGAGUUCCCGCAGAAAUUUAACACAUUGGUAGGGGAAAAAGGAGCUCAAAUGAGUGGAGGACAGAAACAGAGGAUUGCAAUUGCACGAGCUUUAGUUCGAAACCCCAAAAUAUUGAUCUUAGAUGAAGCUACCUCCUCGCUCGAUACGGAGAGUGAAUCAGUUGUUCAAGCUGCACUGGAGAAGGCAAGCAAAGGCCGGACCACAAUUGUGGUAGCUCAUCGACUUUCCACUAUUCGAGGGGCAGAUCUGAUUGUCACAAUAAAGGAUGGGAUGGUGGUAGAGAAAGGAACACAUGCUGAACUAAUAGCAAUGCAAGGCCUGUACUAUUCACUUGCAAUGUCACAGGAUAUUAAAAAAGUGGAUGAAAACACAGAGUCCAUGACAUGUUCCGCAGAAAGAGACACCAACACUGCAUCUCUGGGGGCUGUGAACAGUAUCCAGCCCAACUGCCCAGGCAAGUCUGAGGAGCCCACCUGCUACAAACAGACACGUCUUCCUGAAGUUUCUCUACUGAAAAUUUUUAAACUAAACAAGUCUGAAUGGCCUUUUGUGGUUCUGGGGACAUUAGCUUCUGUGCUAAAUGGAUCUGUUCAUCCUGUCUUUUCAAUUGUAUUUGCCAAAAUGGUAACGAUGUUUGGACAUGAUAACAAAAGCACAUUAAAGCAUGAUGCAGAAGUUUAUGCUAUGAUUUUCGUCAUUUUGGGCAUCAUUUGCUUCGUCAGUUAUUUCAUGCAGGGUUUGUUUUAUGGCAGAGCGGGGGAAAUUUUAACCAUGAGAUUAAGACAAUUGGCAUUCAAAGCCAUGUUAUAUCAGGAUAUUGCCUGGUUUGAUGAUAAAGAAAACAACACAGGAGCCUUGACCACAACACUGGCCAUAGAUAUAGCCCAAAUUCAAGGGGCAAUAAAUACAAGAAUUGGUGUCCUGACACAAAAUGCAAUGAAUAUGGGGCUGUCUGUGAUCAUCUCCUUUAUUUACGGGUGGGAGAUGACUCUCUUGAUUCUGAGUAUUGCUCCAGCACUCACUCUAACUGGAAUGAUUGAAACUACAGCCGUGACGGGUUUUGCCAACAAGGAUAAGCAAGAACUGAAGCGUGCUGGAAAGAUAGCGACUGAAGCCGUGGAGCACAUUCGGACUAUUGUGUCACUAACAAGGGAAAAGGCCUUUGAGCAGAAGUAUGAAGAGACGCUUCAGACCCAACACAGAAAUAGCUUGAAGAAAGCCCAGAUCAUCGGAAGCUGCUAUGCCUUCAGCCAUGCCUUUGUGUAUUUUGCCUAUGCAGCUGGGUUUCGAUUUGGAGUUUAUUUAGUUCAAGCUGGGCGCAUGACACCAGAGGGCAUGUUCAUAGUGUUUACUGCUAUUGCGUAUGGAGCCAUGGCCAUGGGAGAAACACUCGUUCUGGCUCCUGAGUAUUCCAAAGCCAAAUCCGGAGCAGCUCAUCUGUUUGCUUUGUUGGAAAGGAAACCAACGAUAGACAGCUACAGUCAAAAAGGAAAAAAACCAGACACGUGCGAAGGGAACUUAGAGUUCCAAGAAGUCUCUUUCUUCUACCCUUGUCGCCCAGAUGUCCUCAUCCUGCGUGACUUGUCCCUCUGCAUUGAGAAAGGGAAGACAGUAGCAUUUGUUGGGAGCAGCGGCUGUGGGAAAAGCACCUCAGUGCAGCUUCUGCAGAGGUUUUAUGACCCUGUGAAAGGACUUGUGCUAUUUGACGGUGUCGAUGUCAGAGAAUUGAAUGUUCAGUGGCUCCGUUCCCAAAUCGCCAUCGUUUCUCAGGAGCCUGUACUCUUCAACUGUAGCAUUGCUGAAAACAUUGCCUACGGUGACAACAGCAGAGCUGUGCCUUUAGAUGACAUAAAAGAAGUUGCCAGUGCAGCAAAUAUUCAUUCUUUCAUUGAAGGUCUCCCUGAGAAAUACAACACCCAAGUUGGACUGAAAGGAGCACAGCUUUCUGGCGGCCAGAAACAAAGACUGGCUAUUGCAAGGGCUCUUCUCCGAAAGCCAAAAAUUUUACUGUUGGAUGAGGCCACUUCUGCCCUUGAUAAUGAGAAUGAAAAGGUGGUUCAGCAGGCUCUCGAUAAAGCCCGGAGAGGCAGGACAUGCCUAGUGGUGGCUCACAGACUUUCUACCAUACAGAAUGCUGAUCUCAUUGUGGUUAUGCACAAUGGAAAAAUAAAAGAACAAGGAACUCACCAGGAGCUCCUAAGAAAUCGUGAUAUGUACUUUAAAUUAGUAAACGCACAGUCAGUGCGCUGA